AUGGCCCACAUCCCAGUCGCUGGCGCUUGGGCUUUAGCUUCGACUGUGCAGGUCAUUAGGGUCAUUGCCCGAUCGCUGCCCAAUCGUCUUUUGACGCACACGGUCGCCACGGACAGUCUGUUUGCAUCGUGGGUGAGUUUCGGUCACCUGUUCGACUUGGUGGUACAUGAGACGGAUGCGCCUUCGAAGUCUAGGACGACGAUGGGAGGCGUUGUAACUUGGGACUGCGCACCUCCCCCGACGUUCAGCUCGACGGGGCUGAACAAACCCAUGAAUGAGACAUUCGAAGCCCUCCUACAGGAAAAGCAGCUCCGAAGUCUCGUCGAGAACUACAGCUCCGCCACACCGACAAAUUGCAACUUGUUUGUCCUGCUACUGAACUGUGCAAGCUCUCUCAUACAUGACAAAUGGGCCCCGGACAAGAAGUUGGUAGUUUUCCGCGACGGCCAUGUACACAAACAAACGGGCCUUCUCCAUGAAUUCCAUGCUGGAGAGCUAGACCUGGCCAUGGUCAUCGACGUCACAAACGGCCUCACCGAUGUAGACCUCGUCAAUAGCCUCCCGUGGUACCUAGCAUUGUCCACUGUCGAAUGGAAAGGAGAAAUCGAACCAGGGAUAGAGAUCGAGGCCAUGCUUGAAACUGGCGCCUACUUGGAGCUGGCGAAGCAGUGCCGGCCUGACUUGGUCUGCAUGUACGGGCUCCUGGCCUCGCCUGGCGGGUAUUCCAUCCUGUACCGCUCCCCGUUCGGGCCGCACACGUCGAGGGAGUUUGAUUGGGGUGAUGUCGACGCACUGCUGGCUUACAUCUACACGCUAUAUGUUCCUCGGCCGGACUUGCCCUCGUGCGACCAUACCAUAAGUCGCGCUAUAACCACGAACAUAUACGAACCACCGACGUGGAAUGUCUGUGACGGCGACGAGGUCUACGAAAACUGUGUCACGAAGGACGCCAGAGACAUGACAUGGGUGGCCAGGGUGGGGACGUCGCCGGUGACAAUCAAGGACACGUAUCGCGACGUUACGGCGUGUUUCAGAGAAGGAGAAAUCUACGACAUCCUUCACAAGAAUGGCCCGGCGCCUGGAUUCCUGAAAGUCAAGAAGGAAUACGAUGUUCAAUGCGGCGGUCGUCCUAUUACGGUUACGUGCGGCAAUGUGAUGUGGGUUAAGAAGAGACUUAUUAUGCAUACUUAUGGGCAACCUCUGCGCAAAUGUGCAUCGUUGGUUGAGUUCCUGAAAUGCAUGUACGACAUUCUCGAAGCUCAUCGCUGGGCGGUGCAGGAGCGAAAUAUUCUCCACCGCGACAUCAGUAUCGGCAAUAUUUUGGUCCAAGCUGAAGACGUCGAAGACGGUCAAGAGUUCACUGACCUGGAGUAUCGUCCGAUCUUCGUUAACGAAGUUUUGAAUGAUGACUUUCGCGCUCCCCCCAUGGCUCGGCUGGCUGAUAUGGACAACGCGGCAGAACUUGACCCAGACAAGGCAGUAUCACCUACUUUCGUCGCGAAGAAAAGGCGAGUAAAGGUCGAACCCCUGCGUUGUCGUACGGGUACGCCAAAGUACAUCGCUCGUUCCCCUGCCAUUGGACUCGUACUUGCCAUGAACGGUAAUUGGGCCGUCAUGCCAGAAUUAUCAAGUGACCUUGCCAAGAAAUACCGCAAGGCGUACUCCAACAAUCGAUCUGGCAUGAGAGUAUUUGCAGACGAGCUCUCCUUCCACGGCGGCUUUCACGACCUCAAGCUGAGAAUGGCACACAAAGACAACCGCGCGCUGAGGGCUACCGAGUUCCGGCACCGCCCUCGCCACGAUGCGGAGUCCGUGUUCUGGUGCAUGGUUGUGUUUCUGCUGCUCGCCGUCCCCUUGGGCAGCCCCGACCAGGAUGCCGGAGAGCCGGCGCUUUACGACGCCUGGAAGCUCAUUGGCGACCACGAAAUCGGGUCAUCGACGGACUGCAUAGACCUCAGAUCUCGUCUGCUCCAGAGCGAGCGAUGGGAAGAGUGGCUACACGAGGACCUUGCCCACGCCGGACAAUUGAUGUGUUUGUUGGCGGUUCAGGUGUCUCCCGAGUGGAGCAUGUUCGUCCCGCCACCUCACAUGUUCAACCUGCAUGAAGCGAUGCAGCGCAUCAUCCUCACGCACAUACACAUGUGGGAUGGGGGGGAGAAGGAUGUCAAGUUCGAUACAGAGAGAUUGCGCGACCCCACGGAUCCGUAUUACUGGAAUUACUGGGAGUUAAAAAGGAAGGAGAAUAAUGUUUCUCCCAAGUCAGAUUUGAGUGGUAACACUCAGAGUACGAGUGCCGCCAAGCUGCCUGGAAAGCGGCUGGCUGACGCCAUUGAAGAGAAGGAGGAGCCUGAAGCGAAGAGACAAAACUGCACGACGGAGGGGACUCAAGCAGACCCGUACCAGCUCGCCUUCUCUCCCACCUGCAUUUGA